AUGAAUUCAGCUAUAGCAAAAGUUCUGAAUAAAGUAUUAGGAGAUUUUGUUGAAGGAUUAAGCUCAGAUCAGCUGAAUAUAUCAAUGUUCAGCGGUGAAGUUUCACUAAAAAACCUCAGACUAAAAAAAGAAGCCCUUCAGAAACUAGGUCUACCAUUUAAUCUCACAUCUGGAUUCGUCGGUCGUCUAUUUAUGAAAAUCCCAUGAAAAUCUCUUGGCUCAAGCCCUUUGCAAGUUGAAGUAGAAAAUGUAUUUGCUUUGGUAAAUCCUAAACCCCCAACAGAAUGAAGUGAAUCUAAAGAAAGGGAAUCAGCUAUAAUUAGUAAAGCACUCGCAUUAGAAAGUUUUGAAGCUUUAAAUUCAAGCUUAGAACUAAAUUCUGCUGAGCCUGGGUAUAUUGAAAAAUUGAUAUCAAAAAUAAUUGACAAUUUAAUCGUGAACGUAAAAAAUAUUUACUUGAGAUAUGAUGAUUCUGUUAGUUUAUUUAAAAUAUGGUGUCGGACCAAUUUUCUGGUUUAUCGAUCGAAAUUCAUCUCUUGCAUAUCUUAAUUAUGAAAUUUGGUUUCCCUGGUAAAAUUAUCCCAGCUUCGUCAGGAAAGCAAGAGCCGGAUGGUUUGCCCUAUCCGGCUCCUGACCUUAGGUAAUCGGAUUUUCUAGAAGGGUGCCGCCUACUUGUGGAGACUGGGACCUUUAGGUUGCCUGACGCCCAAGUAGGUAGCCUGAGAAUUAAAUUUAAUUGAAAUAAUUCUGUUAGUUCAAUUGAACAUUUUUCAGUCGGGGUUAUUCUCAGAGAAAUGAAAGCUGAAACUUGUAACUCAAAAUGGGUCCCUGAAUAUGUCCCAGAAAGUAACGUCUGCUUUAAACUGACAACAGUGAAAGGCUUUGCAUUAUUUUUUGAUUAUGGAAAAGAUAUGAUAAAAAUUGAAGAAGACUCAGGAAAAAAUUUAGCUGUUGCUUUAGAAGAGCUUGCAAAUUUAGAACUUUUGACUAAUGCAGAGCACAAAUAUUUGCUUUCUCCAAUUGAUAUCAGAAUUGAAUUGAUUUUAUAUAAAGAUUCAAAAAAGUAUGAUACACCUCAAGGGUUAUUGACAAUACACCAAUCUGAUGUAGUUUUCAGUGUUUUUCCAGGGCAGCUGACCCAUGUUUUGAAGCUUGUUGAAUUUAUUGAUUUAUUUAAAUCUUUCCAAAAAGGAGUUGAAAGAUCAGCUCAAGAGCGAAAAUUCACAAAGAAUGAAGCUAAAAAUUAUAGGGAAACUUAUAAGAAAUGGCGCUCACUAACCAUUAAUAAGCCAAAAGAAGCAGAAAAACUUAAAAAAGUGUUAGACGAGCAGGAACAAGGUGUAGAUAUUGAAGAACUAACGAAGGAAAGAAAUAGAGCUUUAAAAGAAACAGAAAUAAUUAGAAGAGAGGAAGAAAAAAGAAAAGAAAUUGAAGAAAUUAAAAAUAAACCUAUUGAAGGAGGUCUAUCAAAAUUCAAAGGCUGGUUUGGAGGAGGAAAAUCAGAAGAAGAAAAAAAGAAAGAGCAAGAAGAAAAAAAUAUGAAAAUUAAAAAAGCUGAAGAAGAAUUAAAAUUAAUUUUACAGGAAAAAGAGCAGGUUAGUGAUUAUGUAGAAAUGAGUGGAGCUAUGCCUGUAUCACUAAAUGGACCUUUGGAUUGGGUUCAGUGAAGAGUUCUUUUUGAUGUGAAAAGCUCUAAGCUUAUAAUUUUUGACGAAAAUACAGAAAUGCUGUCAGGAGAGCUUAUUCCCCUUCGUGAUCCGACCCAGAGGAUCAAUUUUUUUUUAAAGCAAUUAUAUAUGCAUCUUAUAAUAAAUUAUUUUCCGAAAUUAAAAAAUCCAAAUUCGCAAAAAUUGGAAAGUAAAAAUAAAUUUAAUUUAUUAACUUUAACUUUUAAAAUGUAAGCUAAAUUCAACAGAAUUCUAGAGAUUUAUUAUAUAUUAAAAUUUGUUCGCUCACAGAAGGUGAUUUUUUUUUCGUUAACGGAAGGGAAUUUAGAGAUUUUUCUGUUGAUUUUGGUUUACGGCCUAACACUUUAUAUGUUUUUCUGAAGUUUGGGACUUUAGUAGUAAAUGAUAAUGUCACAAAAAGUCAAAUUUUUCCUGACAUCUUCAAAGGUAGUCAUUUAGAUAUACAGUUUGAUCAAUACCCCGUAAAUACGCUCAAAGCUUCAGGCGGAGAAUCUCUUAUCUGUCUUCAUCCACAAUCCUUAUUUUCCAUCACAAACGUUUAUUUAGGCGCUCUCACAAAAAAUGUAGACGUAAACAAAUACCUUUCAGAAGCCUCAGAAAAAACAGGACAAAUUAUAGAAAAAGGUGACAAAUACCUCAAAGAUAUGAUAAAAACUGGGACUCAACAAAGCAUUAUACUAGACGUCACUCUAAAAUCCCCUAUAAUUAUCAUCCCAACAGACAGUAAUUCUUUAGAAAAACCAUUUUUAGUCAUCGAUAACGGUACAUUUACAGCUUCAACUUCCAUAGAAACAUUAGAUGGGCUUGAUUUUGACCGCUAUAACUUUUUAAUUAAAAAAGUAAAAGUCUGCUCAGUCUUGCCAUGCGAGUCUGUUGAAAAAUGGCAUAAAGGUGACAUUGAGAAUAUUUUAGAUCCUUUUGACAUAGAAAUGGUGCUCUUUAAUUGUAAAAUCGCCCAAACAAUGGUUCCCAGCAUCAGGGUAAAAUCAAUUAUUGACAAAAUUAUUUUAAAACUGACAGAUUCCCAGCUAUUGAUUUUUAUAGAAAUUUUGAAUUUAUUUAGCAAUCAGGAAAAAGUAGAAAUAGAAAGGAAAAAUGAAGAGAUAAAAGAAGACGAAGAAUUAAUAGAAGGAAAAGGCUUUAAAGAUAACUUAAAAGAAAUUGGAGAAAUUCUUAGCAUAGCAGCCAAUAUCAGACUUAAUGAAAUCCAGCUGAACAUUAUUGAGAAAAACCUACCUUUAACAAAAAUUGCGAUAAAUGAUAUUGAUCUCAACGUAAAAUCAGAUAAAUAUGGAAACAUAGAUUUGGAUUUUAUAUUAGAAAAGCUGGCUAUUGAAGAUUUACGGCCUGAUAUAGAAUUUCCUAAUGUCGUUUCGAACCCAUUAGAAUACCAGCGAGAAUGAGACACAGAUGAAAAUACUUCAUAUGAGAAUAUGACUCAAGUAAAAAUUUUUAUUCAUUUAAAACCCAGAAAUGACCAAUUAGAUGUAGGAGUUCGGCUUAAUGACAUUCGGUUUGUGGCAUGUGCCAGCUAUGCUGAAUCUCUAUUAAAAUUUGCUAGUCACCAAUUAAAUCAAAUACAGCAAGCCAAAAGUGUCCAAGUAAAGGCAAAACCAGUGUCCACCGCCACUACGACUUAUCAUAGCCGCUUUUCUGUGCUUUUUUCGAAUUUUGAGCUAUGGGUUCCUCUAGAUCCUUCUAACCCUAAAUCAAAAAUAGCAAGUUUUUCUCUAUCAUUAUCAACUAUUUAUACAGCCAGUGCUGAAAUUAAGUAUACUUAUGAUGUACUAUGAAGGGUCAUUUCAAGUGAAAAUAUAUGGGCAGAAGAAGAUGCCAGCGUUGACAUAAGGCAACUUAAUGCUAUGCUUGGGUAUUCAAAAAAUAAUUUAAUGAGGACAGACAAAAUCACUAGAGAUUUAAUUACCCCGUCCAGAAUUUCAGCUAGCUAUAAGUCAAUAACAAAUGAAGCUUCCACCAAAAUGGAAGCAAAUUUGAGCAUUGAGAGUUUAUGUGUGGUAUAUGGAUUUAGGGACAUUUUAUUUUUCCAAGAAGUCGCAAAACCAUGGCUUGCUAUUGAUUUUUCUCAAUUUUCCGAAAAAAAGAAAUCACAUAGCCAGGUGGAAAAUAAAGAUACAAUACAUUUUAGCUUUGAUUGUGACUCUUUGCAGCUGACUAUGCUGGAGGAUACUACAAAAAAUCCUUAUAGUUUACUUCAUAUGCAAUUUUCUAAUAUGAUGGCUACAGGGGAACAAAAAGAGUCCCAAAAAUUUGAAUUUUCCACAAUAAUGAAUAUAAAUUAUUAUAAUUCUUAUAAUUCAACGUGGGAGCCUUUAUUGGAAGAUUGGAAUUUUAGCUUGCUUAUGAAGCAAUUAAACCCAAAAGCGCCUAUUGAAUUAGCUUUAGUAAGCUUAGAGACUUUGAAUAUAAAUUUAUCAUAUAGCAUGGCAGAAACUGUAAGUUUAAUUAUCAUAAAUAAAAAGGCAUUCGGUUCGAGAGAAAUUAGCUUUGCUAAUUUUCUCUCCCUCAUGGAAUUUUAUUUAUGGGGUUAGGUUUUCACUCGAGAACUUCUGGACAGCAAUAGCGGGUUUAACUCUGGGGAUAACCAGAGGAACUGCUCCUCAGUCCUCUCAAGAUUUCGGGCUUUUUACCUCUCAGCACAUCUCCACGGGAAGAUGACCCUCAGGCGGAACACGCGCAGGAGCUGAGUCGAGACAAGGGCGACGGCAUCGCGCCGGGUGAGACGUGCAGCAAGACUGGUGAAGCAGGAGUUGAUAGAAGGCUUGGCUAGGGCUGACCUGUUCCAAGAUGGCUCGCCUACGUCACUAGUUUUGCCAUAAGCCCUUUUGGGCUGCGGCACUAGACACCUUAAACACCAGAUAAUUAAGUAAGUAAGUAAGUAAGUAAGUUUAAUUAUCAAAAGAUUUAGCCAGAAUUUAAGUGAUUGGGGAAAUGAAAAAUUCUAUGAACAAGGUGAAGAAAUGGAUGGGCUUAACAAAAAAACAUAUAAAAUUUACAAUAAAUUAGGGAAAGAUUUAGAAGUCUGAAUAGAUUCCCCAAAUGCCGCUCAUUGGAAACUGAAAAAUGAAAAAAGUGUUAAAUUCGGCCAAGACCAAAUAAAUAGCUUGUUUAUGGUAAAUUUAGCGCAUUCAAAAACUACGUCUAUGCUUCAGACAGCACAGACACCAAGUGCUAUCGCUUUAACGCUUGAAAGCUUUUAUUCAGUCCAUGGGAUUAUCAUAGAAAAUGCUGGGAUGCAGUUAGUCAUGAUUUCUAAUGGGGAUACCCAAUACCCGAUUUUAAUCAAUGUAAAAAGCUAUGAAAAUAAACAAGAAAUCCAUAUACAAAGUGGUAUAGUGAUUAUGAAUAACACAGAUUUCCCUAUCACUUUGAUAUUAAAUACUGAUGAAAUGACUAUAAAAGAAAACAGCUCAUCUUCUCUAUAGAAUUUUCUCAUAGAUGGUGCUGUUUGUCCUUGAUUUGCCCACUGGGAAAAUUUUUUGGUUCGACCAGUACCAUAUGGUUUGGUCAAACCAAAAAAUUUUCCUAGUGGGCAAAUCAAGGGCAAACAGUGCCAUCUAUGGAAAAAUUCUAUACCUUUUUCUUGGCUUGAUUCUGCUUCAAAAAUAGCGAUUAAAACCAGUACAGGAACACUCGAAAUAACGUCAACCGCAAUGCUCCGUAUCGAUGAAAACUUGUAUGUGCUCAUUGAAAAUUUCAGUUAUAUUUUUGAUGGUGUCAGAACUUUAAGAGUUAUGGAAAUUAACCCUCCGAUUUUAUUUGAAAAUUUAUUGCCUUGUCCUAUGACUGUUUAUUAUGAUGAAAAUUCGUCAUCAGAUUUGAUAUUAUCAGGAACUCAUGCAGCUAUAUACAAGUUUAACCCAGAGCAGAAAUUUAAAUUUGAAAUCCAUAUAGAUGAAAAUACCAAGGUAAGCACAGGCUGGAUUAAUUCUUUUGAAAAAGCAAGAAUUUCGCUGCUUGAGAAGCCAAAAAGCAGUCUUCAUUUAGAAAAAUCAGUAAAAGACUUUAGAUCUUGUAGUAAUUUAGACUUACUAGAUCUAGAAAAAACAAGCCAAGAUGCCCAAGAAUCACUUAAAAAUAUUUUAAUUACAAUUUCAGCUGAACACAUAAUCAUCAAUAAAACGGGGCAUGAUUUGCAGGUUGAAAGCCUUUUAGUAGAAAAAAACCAAAUUGGCUUUUUUUCAAGCAAAAAGAAUAAAAUAAAAAUUAAAUUCCCUGAAGAAGACCAAUGGAGUGGUGGAUUUAAUAAAAAUACAAUAGGGAUUUCUGGCCUUGUAAAAGUCCCUAAAACUCUUCAAGAAAGGAAUAUAAAAACUUUGAUGUUUGGCGUGAAUAUUGCCAAUGCCCCACUUCCUCUAGUAAAAACAAAAGUUAUUACCUUAUGUCCAAGAUAUAUAAUUGCUAAUUAUUUAGGAUACCCAGUCUAUAUAAAGCAAUACGAUAAAAGAAAAAACCAGCAAUUCACAAAAUUCAGACUAGAGGAUAAUGAAAAAAUCCAAUACCAGCCUGAUGACUUAUCAAUCCAAGUAGGAGUCCAAGUUUCAGCUGAUGGAAAUAGAUGGUCUGGGCCAUUUAAUAUUGAUGAUCUUGAAGAUUUCCAAAUACGUUUUCCAGGAGAAGAACAAGUCAUUGUUGAAGAUAACACUUUAUUUAAGCUUGAAGACAAUACAUGACAUAUCCCAAGACAAACUAAUGGUAAUAUGCAUUAUGCCCGCAUUGUUGUUUCAUCUGAAGAUGAAGCCACAAUUUUUAUAAAUUUUGUUGUCCCAAAAAAUCCUGAAUAUAAAAUUUCAAAUCAUACUGAAGAAAUAAUCACGAUAAAACAAAGCGGAUUUGAUGAUUUUUCAAUGACUAUAAAGCCAGGGAGUGUCGUUCCAUGGGCUUUUGAUGAUAAUUUGGUAAAUAAUAAAAAAAUUAUUGUGGAAAGUGAAAAUGCGAAAAAUAAAUACUCGUUGGAAAAAAUCCAAAAACAGAAAAAUUUUGGAAACCAUAAAGUAGAAGUCGUAGUCGAAGGGGUAACUAGGCAGCUUAAUAUAAGUGAGCCUGAUCUUCCUAAAGGGACUAGUAUUGUCCAAGCUCUAUAUGAAAUGUUUGCUGUGAAAUCAUCAUUUAAAGUUUUAUUAGAAAUGAAAGGGAUAGGUCUUUCGAUAAUUGAUGAAAAGCCGACAGAAAAAAUUUAUAUCAGUAUGAUGGGCUUGUUUGCCAAGCUUAAAAAGACUGAUAUUCUUUUUGGGAAAAGAUUAGACACAGCCUUAAAAGCUGAUAUAAAAUUGGGGAAUUUCCAAAUAGAUAAUAUGGAUAAUAUGAAUAGCAUGUUUCCUGUAAUCUAUUCCCCUGUCGCUAUUAACAAAGAAGAAUCAGGAGAAAUCGUUCCAUUUAUCCAAUUUAAGCUUCAAAGAGAGAUCAGAACGUGCAUAAAUCAGCAGUCAAAUACAAUAGAUAAAAUUAGCUGGCUCGAGCUUCUCAUACAAAGUAUGCAGGCAAAAAUCAAUGAGGAUACUUUGUGGACAUUAUUAAAAUUACAAGGAAAUAUCCUUGAUAAACUCAAUGCUUCACUUGAAAAUUUGUCGACUGAAAAUAAAGGGAAAUAUAUGAAAGAUUUAUAUCCUCAGCUUGCGGCUACACAGCCAGUUUUACCAUUUGAUCCUACCCUCAUGAAUAAAAAAACUUAUUUUUUAUUUAUAAGAUUAUGCGCUAUCAAAUUAAAUCUGACGUUCAGAAAAAAAAUGACACAAAUCAGACUUGAUCCUAAAAAAGGUUUUGGGGCAGCAGGUUUAUUAGAAACCCUUAGUGGAGCGUUUGCGAAUAUUUCUGACUCACCUUUGUUUUUCAGAGAAUUAAUGAUGACUCAAUGCUUCCAAACCCUAGACAAUCUAACCUGGAUUAUCAUGAAAAAUUAUAUUAGACAAGGGAUUAUUCAAGUAUACAAAAUAUUAGGAUCUUCUGAUAUGAUCGGUAAUCCUAUAGGACUUGUUGAUAAACUAGGGACAGGCGUUUUUGAAUUUUUCAAUGAACCCGCAAAAGGACUUCUUAAAGGUCCGAAAUCAUUUGCCCAAGGAGUAGGAAAAGGCUUCAAAUCUUUAGUAAGAAAUAUAAAUAAUAUGAUGGCGGCGACAAGAUAAGUCCUUGUAUAUGAUUUAUCACUUUGGACAUAGAAUAUGUCCUUGCCGACGACUCACCACUUUGGGUGCCAAAUGGCUUUAUACCUAAACCAAGGCUCGGGUCCUUUAGGGCUGGAUGAGUGGAUAAACCUUGGGGAGUAAGCUGGCGACCAUUCCAGUCAAGUAUUAGUUAUCCGAUGAUUUUUUGGGCCACAGGUUCUUUCCCUGCUGACUUAGGAGGGCUGUGGUUCUUUUUUUCGGGUGUCGCCUCUCCCAAAAGUGGCUGAAAGAGGUAUUGGGCUAGACUUUACUCCGUAGCAUCCAAUAGCAUACUGACAUGGCGUCUUUCUAAUCCGUCUAUAGUAGAGUGUUCCAAAUGCGGCUAUGGGUUUGAGUUGGUCGAAAGCGAGCGGAGACAUCAAAUUUGAAAUACGUUAAGACUCUUAAUUUAGUAGGAAAUGUUAUAGCUGGCGGCUUUGGAUCAGUCUCAAAAAUAACUGGGUCUCUUUAUAAAGUUGUAAAACAAGUAGGAGGAAAUGAUGAAGACGUUCAUAAAAUCAAUGAAUCUGACAAUAUUGGAAAAAACAUGUAUGAAGGGUUUAAAGGCGGAGUUAUGGAUGUAGCUGACGGAAUUAAAGGAGUUUUCACAAAACCAUGGAAAGGUGCUAAAGAAGGAGGAGCCAAAGGAUUCUUCAAAGGGCUUGGCUCCGGAGUCGCAGGUCUCGUUGUCUCACCUGUCGCCGCUGUUUUGAAAUUUGGGUCCACAAUUACUGGAGGAGUAUCAUCAGCUGCCAUUCUAUUAGCUAGAGGAAAAGUCCAAACUUUGGGAAGAGUUCGAUUUCCUAGGCAGUUUGGCGCUAGAAGAAUUUUGGAAGCUUAUAAUAGUGAAUUAGCAGAGGCCCAGGAGCUUUUAAAGAAUCUUCAAGGUCAUAAAGGAGAACAAAUGAUUUAUUAUAUUCAUAUAGUUGAAGAAGAAGACCUCAUAUUAAUUUUGACGACAAAAUAUAUUUUAUUUUUAGUUGAUGCUGAGCUCAUAAAGCAGCUAAAAGUGGAAGAAAUUGAUAAGCUAGAAGUUCAUAGGUUUGAUAAACAAUUUUAUAUGUGUGUAGCAACGCCCAAAGAUGAAUUUGUUUUAAAGAGCUGGUCUUAUGGGCCGAUUGCCAAAAUGUACACUGCUGUUAUCUCGCUUCCAAAUUCAUUGAAAAAUAGGAAAUCAAUUGCAAAAGUUAAAGUUCCUGCACAUUAUAAAAGAGAAUGCUGCUAA